AUGGCCUACACUGAUGAUGCCGUCAAGGCAAAGCUGUCUGCACUGAAUGAGACACAGGAGAGCAUUGUGACCGUCGCGCAGUGGGUCAUGUUUCAUAGACGCCAUGCGGAUCGGACUGCCCAAAUCUGGCUUCAGAAAAUUCGCGACUCCAACCCACCCAAGCGACUCAACCUGAUCUACCUGGCGAAUGAGGUGGCGCAGCAGUCAAAAGCGCGAGGAAAAGAUGAUUUUCUGAUUGCCUUCUCUCCUAUCGUGGUGGAAGCCACAGCAACGGCCUACAAAGGUGCUACAAAUGAUAUCCAGCAGAAGAUUCGCCGUGUGACGGAGGUGUGGAGACAACGCAAUGUAUUCGAAGGUCCAAUCUUGGAAGCUGUGGAAACCCGGGUGAACGAGAUCGAUAAGUCACGCUCUACCGGCAAGAAACAACAGCUUGGUGGCUCGCUCUUCAAAGACUCGUCCUCUGGGUCUACGCCCUCCGAGCUGCAACCGCUUGUGCCUCUGCAGGUUGCACUCACCAAGGCCGCCAUGACUUCCAGCACUUCGGCCACAACUGCAAAGAUGGAGUAUGAGAAAAUGAACGACGGAAAGACCCCACACCCGACUCCCCCAGUGCAUGCUGCCCGUCUCAGUCAGCUGCUGAAAACACUUGCCAAUGCGGAGAGCUCAGUGUCAGAGGUCAUCAAGUCGAGGCGCGCAUUGAUCGAUGGUCUCGAGAAAAUCUUGGCCACCAACCGCUCGGAACUUUCAAAAGAAGAAACACUUGCUAAGGACCUAUCGGAGAAGAAGUCACAGACAGACACGAAGAAGCGCGACGUCGAGGAUGCAAUCAUGCGCGGUCUGUCCACGGACGAGACCUCAGGCGCGCAGCAUGGAGACCACAGCAUGCAGGAUGAAGACAGCGGUCGUCCUGAAAUUGAGGCUCUCACUCCUCCCCCAGUGGAAGCCAUCACGCCCGUCGGAUCUCCGAAGCCAGAUCAAGGCCAUCAUGCCCCAUUCACGGAGGAGCCUACUCUUGAUCUGUCUGGAAUUUCUGGCGCUGCUCUCCCCGAUCUGUCCAAUAUUUCUCCCGGUGGCGGCAACGACUUUGAUCUCAGCCAUGCCAACGGCGCGACAGCCAAGCGACGCAAAACCACACAUGGCGAGGAGGACUAUGCACAGUUUGCGGGUGGUGAUUUGGAUGCCGAUGUGGCUGAGCUGCUUGCUCAGGAGGGCCGGCAGUAG